AUUCAGGGCAUGUCUUGAUUUGUUGUUUGCCUGUCUUUCUUGCUCAUUUGUUUUACGACCGCGCUAUGAACUGAGGUGUUGCUGUAUUUCCCGACUAUACAUUGAAAUCCGCAUAUCGCGCUCAAUCUUCAACAUGAGCGCAAUCCUUCGGAUGGUCCAAGAGACCCAAGAUUCCCUCUCCGACGAUGCCCUCCUACCCCUUAAGUCGUACAAGUACUCGAGUGUCGACAAAUCGUUUAUUUCGAACUACAUCUUGAGACACUACUGGAAUGCCUUCGUCGAGCUCGUUCCCAUGUGGAUGGCCCCGAACAUGGUAACCCUUCUUGGGUUCAUGUGGAUUGUCGCCAAUGUCUUCAUCAUCGAGAUCUUUGUGCCGGACAUGGUGGGACCGGGCCCCGGGUGGAUUUACUUCAGUUUCGCUCUUGGCAUGUGGAUGUACUCGACCCUCGACAAUGUGGAUGGUAAACAGGCGCGCCGAACAGGAACGUCCAGCGGCCUCGGAGAACUUUUUGAUCACGGAAUCGACUCUCUGAACUGUACCCUUGCCAGUCUGCUUUCGACUGCAGCAAUGGGCUUCGGCUCUACACAACUUGGUGCGUGGACGGCUAUUGUGCCCUGUCUGGCCAUGUACUUCUCCACUUGGGAGACCUUCCACACCCACACCCUGUACCUCGGCUACUUCAAUGGCCCAACUGAGGGCCUUUUGAUCGCCAUUAGUAUUAUGGUCGCCUCGGGCAUCUGGGGCCCCGGAAUGUGGUCCCAGCCGAUUACUGGAUUCAUUAACAUUCCCCAAAUCUUUGGUACCGCUUCCAUCAAGGACCUCUGGGUUCCCAUCCUGCUCGGUGGCUUCUUCCUCGGCCAUCUGCCCGGAUGUGUUAUGAAUGUGGCUGCUGCGCGCAAGAAGCAAGGCCUGGCUUUCACUCCUAUUCUCAAGGAGUGGGUCCCUAUGGUCGCCUUCACCACCUGCAUCAUUGCAUGGCUCUUCUCUCCUUACUCGACCAUUCUGUCCAACAACCACCUGGUCCUGUUCUGCUGGGUCAUCGCUUUUGUGUUUGGACGUAUGACCACCAUGAUCAUCCUGGCCCACCUCUUGAGACAGCCUUUCCCGUACUGGACUGUCCUGCAGGCCCCACUUAUCGGCGGCGCGGUGCUUGUCAACCUCCCCAUCCUGGGCUUCCCAGUGAUUGCUCCCUGGUUGGAGCUUCUUUAUCUCCGUGUCUACCUUGUCUUCGCCUUUGUUAUCUACAUGCACUGGGCAGUCCUUGUUAUUAACCGCAUCACCACUUUCCUCGGCAUCAACUGCCUUACCAUCCGCAAGGACCGCGGUGCCGCCAGAGACCGGGCUUACCGCACCCUCGGUGAUGCUCCCCUCGAGGAGCCUCGCGCCUCCACUGAUACCAACAAGACUCAUUAGAUUAUUUUCGUCGCGCCACAUUCCAUGCAUAACGGAUCGAUUCAUGAGGACAACCUCAUUGCGUGGUCCUUCAUAUCAGCAUUGCCACCGGAGGACCUGAGCGAUCCUUUGAAGAUUUAAAAAGCCGCCAUCUUGUAAUUAUGAACACAACCACCCUCAAUAUCUCGCUCGCCUUGACAUGUUUUGAUUAACAGAGAAUGAAUCAAGUGAGGGUUGGAAUUUUUGAUGAAACUACACAUGGAAACUUCCCCUGCAUAUUUGUACUUACGAGACUAUUAAUAUUUUGUGAAUAGACAAAAAGAUUCAAGUUCAUUAGUCUUCUUGAGAGAAGUUGAAAUCGAAACGCAAAUUUUGAACAAAAGCGUCAUAGUACAGGAGAAUAAACCAUCACUCAUAUCGCAAACGAUCAACGCUGGCAAGAACAAAACACAAUCAU